AUGUUGGACGAACAUACAAAUUCGACUGGUGUCAGCUGUGAAAGAUUUCGCUGUUCAGCUCGUGGUCUGAUUUUACCAUUCGGUAUCGAAGCAUGCAUGCCACUUAAGCUACGAGCCACAUUAUAUUUUAUAUUUUUGCUUUAUCUUUUUCUUGGGAUUGCUAUCAUUGCCGAUAUCUUCAUGUCGUCAAUUGAAACCAUAACAUCGAAACGACGCAAAAUUCGCUAUCCCGAUCCGGGUGAAAAAGACAAAUAUCUAACUGUCGAAGUUCGAACAUGGAACGAUACGGUAGCAAAUUUAACAUUGAUGGCAUUGGGUUCGAGUUCACCUGAAAUUCUUCUAUCAAUCAUUGAAAUUAUCGGCAAUCGUUUCGAAGCGGGAGAACUCGGUCCGGGAACAAUUGUCGGUUCAGCGGCAUACAAUCUACUAAUGAUCUCAGCAUUGUGUAUAUCAUCAAUCAGUGCUCCUGAAACCAGGAGAAUCAAGUUGUACAGCGUGUUUAUGAUCACAUCAUUUUUCGGAUUUUUUGCGUAUAUAUGGAUGUUUAUUGUCUUAUCGGUUAUAUCCAAAGAUGUUGUUGAUCUUUGGGAAGCUGUCAUAACAUUUCUCUUGUUUCCGUUGGUUGUCAUUUUAGCAUAUCUGGCUGAGAAAAACUUCUUUGCUUCGAAGAAAAUUGACAUGGACGAAGAGGAACAAACACUUAUAUUAACACCACCGGAACAUGACGAGAAUGGAAGUCCACGUAACUUUCGUAAAGAUGAACUUCUUCAAUUUCUACGUGAUCUCGGUCAAACGACACACUUGUCUCUCGAAGACAAAGCACAGUUAUUUGCGGCUAAAUUAAGCGAAAGUAUGCAUCGAUCACGUAUGCAAUAUCGUAUUCAAGGUGCUCGUAUGCUUACUGGUGGUAAAUCAUUAUUUCUCAAUCUACCCGACAAACUACAAGAGAUUUAUUCGGAAGUACAUAAUCGUGAUUCCAUCGCUGAACAUCGAGCGUCCAUGGCAUCGAAACUAGGUGACGACGAAGAAGAUACUGAUGCUGAUGAUCCUCGAUCACUAAUUGAAUUCUCGACGACAUCAUAUGCGAUUCUUGAACAUGAACAAAGAGUUACUUUAAAAGUCAAACGAAGAGGCCCGACUGAUUUUGACAUUUACGAACGAGCUAUCAAACCACAGUCAUUCGAUGGCAGCUUUUCAGCAGAUCAUCCACACGGCGGGAGAAAGAGUACACUGUCGAAGAUAGAAAUCGAUGAUGAUCCACGAAUGGCUGUACUUGAGUUUGCUUCGUCCAGUUAUGCCGUACUCGAACGUGAACAGCGUGUCACGAUUGAAGUCAUAAGAUACGGCUUUAUGAAUUCUGUGAUUCACUUCCGACUGGAUACUAUCGACGGUACGGCAACAGCUGGUGAAGAUUAUGUAAAAUUAUCCGAAGAAUUUAAAAUGGAACGUGGACAACAGGAAAAGCGCAUUACCAUUCAUGUCAUCGACGAUAAUCAAUGGGAACCAGAUGAAACAUUUUUCGUUAAGAUAUCAUUACCAGAAGGCGAAGAAGCACGAACUAGAUUAGGCUCGAAAACGAUUGCACUUGUAACAAUUAUCAAUGACGAUGAACCGGGUGUGAUCGAGUUUGAAGAACCAAUUACAUUAGUCAAAGAAAGUAUAGGCAAAGCCGAAAUCAAAUUAGUGCGUGUUAAUGGUGCUGACGGUCGUGUCAGCGUACAUUAUCGAACAAAAGACAUCGAUGCUAUUGCCACACGAGACUACGAACCUGCUGAAAGCGAAGUUAUAUUCGAACACGGUGAAAUAUCAAAAAUAAUUGCUAUACCCAUCAUAAAUGAUCUUGAAGCGGAAAAAGAUGAAAGCUUUGCUGUGGAAAUCUAUGACCCCACGGGAGGUGCACAAUUAGGAAAACAUACAAGGACUGUCGUCACCAUUAUCAACGACGAUGAUUACAAGACAAUGGCCAAUCGAAUGGCAUCACUCGUUCAAGUUGACAUGGACAAAUUAAGUGUCACAAAAACCUCUUGGGGACAGCAAUUUCAAGAUGCAAUGAAUGUUAAUGGCGGUGAUUUAGAAACAGCUAAAUUCGGUCACUAUGUUGGUCAUGCACUAGCAUUUUUUUGGAAGGUACUCUUCGCUUUUGUUCCUCCAACAGCUAUGGCUGGUGGCUGGCUGACAUUCUUUGUCUCGCUCUUCUUCAUUGCUGUCCUAACAGCAGUUGUUGGUGAUGUUGCUGCAAUAUUCGGCUGUUUAGUUGGAUUAAAGGAUAGUAUUACAGCUAUAUCUUUUGUUGCUCUUGGUACAUCUUUACCGGAUACGUUUGCAUCGAUGAUUGCAGCGAAAAAUUCGAAAACAGCUGAUGAUGCUAUUGGUAAUGUCACUGGAUCAAAUAGUGUCAAUGUGUUUCUCGGUCUUGGACUUCCAUGGCUCGUUGCCGCUAUCUAUUGGGAAUCAAAAAAUUUACCAUUUACAGUUAAAGCCGGCGAUCUCUCAUUUAGUGUGUUAGUCUUCUCUGUCUGUUGUGUUCUUGGUAUGCUUGUACUUAUUUUACGAAGGUAUCUAAGCAUUUUUGGCAAAGCAGAACUUGGUGGACCAGCAAUACCAAAAUAUCUAUGUUCCGUCUUUUUUGUUCUACUUUGGAUUGGCUACCUUGCACUAUCAAGUCUUCAGGCUUAUGGAUAUAUCAAAUGGCAGAGUUAA